AUCUAGUCAGUAGCAGGGAGAUCUUCUGCUCGGGCCAUUUAAAAGCUCUUACCAGGUUGCAAAUGGCUUCCGAAUCAAAGCCUCAAGAAGAAGCUGAUGAAGACAGGAUCAGCAAACUGCCAGAUGAUGUUCUUUGUCAUAUUCUUUCAUUACUCGUUACACAUGAAGCAGUGCGUACAACUAUCCUGUCAAAAAAAUGGAACAAAUUCUGGACUUCACUUCCAAAUCUUGAAUUCUAUGACAAAUAUUUCCCUACAUCAUAUUCGUGGCUCAAAUAUGAAUGUGAUCCUUUUAUGACGUUUGUUGAUCGUGUAAUGCUUCUUCAUGACUCAAAAGACAUCCGAAAAUUCUCUCUUUCUCGUAUGCAUAGAGAAGUUGAAUUUGUGGUUGAGGAUGUAUAUCAUAUUCAUCGCUGGAUUGACAUUGCCAUUGAGCAUAACAUUGUUGAACUUGAUCUUUCUCUUGUAGACUGCAAGGGAAUGAAUUUUUAUUUGCCUCAGAGCCUUUACACGUGCACAACACUAGUUGUUUUGAAGGUAGAAUCAAAUUGUAUUUCCUAUGAUCCUCCCAUCACAGGUUGUUUUCCAAGGCUUAAGGUGUUUGUUGUUUCAUUUACGAAUCCUGAUAGUCCUGAUCCAGUUAGGAGACUCUUUUCUUGUUGCCCUGUACUCGAAGAUCUAGCUAUAUAUGGAUAUCCUGGAAGAGAUGCUUUGGAUAUUACUAUCUCUGCACCUGAAUUGAAGACAUUAAAGAUACAUUUGAGCUGCAAUGAAUAUUAUAUGUAUGACCCUGCAUACACUUUUAAAAUUGAUGCUCCAAAGCUGGAAAACUUCAGUCUUAAGGAUCCUUGGUUUCUUUCAAACUAUCAUUUGGAGAAUAGAAAUUCUGUAGUUAAAGCUAAAAUUGUACUCAACGACUCAGAGGAUUAUGAUCCUAUCGACUUUGCUGAUCGUACAACUGCCUUACUAGGAAGAAUUUCAAAUGUUGAAUACUUGUCUUUUUCAGCUGCAUUUCUGGAGGAUUUUCAUCUUUCCACUUUUGAUACUCUGUACCAAUUGGAGCUGAGUCUUGGUGGUUGCAAUAACUGGGAAUUGCUAAUAGUGUUUCUCAAGAAAUCUCCAAAUCUGAAACAUCUCGUCUUAAAAAAUAAAGGCCGUUUACCAUAUUUUGAAUUAGAUGAGCUUGAAAGUAAUCUGGAUUUGAUGUCAGAGGUUCAAGCAAAAAGAGUUAAUAAAGAUAGGAUUAGUGCACUACCAGAUGAAGUCCUUUAUCACAUCCUUUCGUUCCUUAAAACCGAAGAUGUUGUGAUGACCAUCUUUUUGUCUAGAAGAUGGAAGAACAUUUGGGCCUCUGUUCCGAGUCUAGAUUUCUGUGACCAAGAAAACCCUGACACUAUUCCUUUUCCGAAGUUUAUUGAUAAUGUACUCUUCUUCCGUGACUCAAAAGACAUUCAUAAGUUUCGUCUCCAUUCCAUUAGAGUUGAGGAUUUUGAUCGUAUUUGUGGUUGGCUUGGCGCUGCCAUUAGGCGCAAUGUUGUUGAACUUGAUCUUUCUGUUAAGUAUUAUGGAGGUGAUGAGGAUCACCAGCAGAUCUUUAAGUUGCCUAAGAGUGUUUUCACAUGUAAAACUCUGAGGGUUUUGAAAUUGUGGUCAAAUUUUAUUAUCAAUGCUCCUGAAUCAGGGUGUUUCCUGAAUCUCAAAUCUCUCUGUGUUCAUUUUUGA